AUGGCGACUCUUCCAACUUCACAUCACCUCGAGUGGGCGACGCAAGGGUCAGAUCUCAUUGAGGACCCCGACGAGCCACCAGAAACCCAGCUGUUUAUGCCUAUACCCACCAAGCCUCUUCCUUUCCAGAGAGCGCCGAUUCGUCAACAGCAGGUUGCGUCUUCGCUGCUGACUCAGGCCAUCCUUGGACAAUCAGACGAAGAGGAUGCUCACGUCUUCCACCCGUCCAAAUCCUACAGCCAACGCCGCCGCUCCAUGGUCAGCAAUGCCAGCAUUGCUUCCACCGCCGACCUGACCAGUGACACUGGCCUUACCAGCCCUUCACGGACAAACACUCCCAGCCCGCCUCUCCCCAAUCUGUCGAUGCUUCGUCUCCACGGUGCCGGCGAGCAGAAGAGCGGCCUCUUUGGCAACUUCUUCGGCACUAGACGAGUAGUUGAGGAGCCUGUCAAGGAAGCUCCUCGAAAGCGAUGCAUCCAGUUUGCUUGUGCCGCUAAGCCUCAAGCUCAGCCACAAGCUGCUCCUGCAGCAGCCGCCCCUCCUGCUGCCAUGCUCAAGACGCCUGUGUCAAAGGAAGACGCACCAAAGCGAACCUGCAUCAAAUUCGCAUGCACAGCCCGCCCGUCGUCUUCGCACAAGACUUCUCCCAAGCCCUAUGAGCCCUCUACUCCCAAGAGGAGCAUGACACAUCCUGUCCCCAUCUCUCCUCGACCAGCCCCUGCUGAAGCAGACUGCUGCAAGGCCUCCCUCGUUCGACCUCGAUUCAUUCGUGCUUCUUCCACGGAGCUCAUCAAGGAUGGUUCCCAGUUCCACGAGUUUGCCAGUGGCAUGGCUCGUGAGGACGACUGGAUUCGCCAAGAGAACUUCACUCAGACCAAGCUUACUAUUUCCGAUAUUCUGGUCAAGGAAAACUUGAUUCGCCGCCUAGGAGCUGAAGCUGAGGAGGAAGCCGAACAGGAAGAGGCGGAGGAGGAUGAGGCUGAGACAGCCAUGGAUGAGGAUGAUGAAGACGAGGACGAGGAUGAAGCCGAUGAACUUGAUGAUGACCUAGACUUGGAUGAGGAAGAUGAGGAGGAUGAAGAUGAGGAUGAGGACGAAGAGGACGACGACUCUGAUGGCUAUCACACCGACGAGGAGACUGGCUUCGCUGAUUCCGACGAGGAGGACGACGAUGACGAGAACAUGAUGAUGUGGACUCCUCGAGUUCCAUCUAUCCCACGCCAGUUCACUCCUCGCUUGGCUCGCCGACUCUCUAUCAACGACCAGCAGUCGGAUGAUUCCAUUGGUUCCCGACGCAGCCGUCGCCGUGCCUCCAAGGCUCGACUCAUUGGACCUCAGACCGAGGCACCUGACUUGCCUGACAGCACCGACUUUGUGUGCGGCACUUUGGAUGAGGAUCGGCCCGUCGAGGAUGCUUACCUGUCGUGCCUCGCUGCCCGCAGGAACGAGAAGCUUCGCAUCAUCCCUCAGGACAUUGACCCUAGCUUCCCGGCUUCGGACCUUGACGAGGAAGAUGAGGAGGACAUCUACGUGGAUGCUUCCGACAGCGAUGGCCACGCGUGGGUGCAGGGGGUCAUGGAGGAUCUCGGCAGCGAGACCGACCGUGCCCGGAGACAGCGGAAGAAUGGGAACACAUCUCCCCGUCGUCUCCGCUCUCCACCUCCUAAGCGACGCGGAUCUCCCGCUCCCAAGCCUCGUGCUCGAUCUCCCGCCCCUAAGCCUCGUGCUCGCUCCCCUGCUCCCAAGCCUCGCGCUCGUUCCCCCAGACCUCUUUUUGACCGCCAGUCGCCUCGACGACUUCGCUCCCCUGCCCCCAAGGCUGUGGCCAUCGCCACCCCGAUCCAGACUCCCAGACAGGGUGCACACGCCAAUUUCCAGCUGGCCGGCCGCCCUGGUCUUACCCAUACAAAGUCCCUGCCCAGACCUGCGGCUAUCUUCCGUCACCAGAAGCAGCCCAAGGGCUCCAAGACCUCAUCCGACACCGAUGGCCACAUGCGUAGCGCCAUCGACAUUGUCAAGGGUCUUGAGAAGAAGCGUCUGCGCCGCAAGGAAAAGUUCUUCCAGAAGUACUGCGAUCGUGCCAGACGUGGACAGAUCCCCGAGCGGAAGACAAUGCUUCCCGGCCUUGGUGCCGAGCGCAUGCGAGAGCUUGGUCUGCUCAUGGCCGGUAAGAAGGGUCCAGGCUACGUCCUCUCUUGCUAAGCAAGAAGUCCUUCUCGCAUUUUCAACACAUGGAAAUGACAUACACAUAGAAGAGGAGUUUUGAGCAUUCUGAUAGGAAUGGGUUCCACAGUCCCAUCGUUUGUUGGGCGGCGUUUUUUAUAUGUCCGUUGACGCACUCGCUUACAUACAAGUCCUAUAUACCCAAGGUGUUUUCAUAACCUUUCCUACUUUCACUUUAUUAUUUCCUUUAAUUUUUUUCUUCUCACGAUUUCAUGACACAAUUCUAUUUCAUAUAAUUGCGUGAUCUUUCAUCUUUCGGAGAUGGCUCUGGAUGGAUAGAGAGACUCCUGUAUAUAAUGAAAAACAGUACACAUCAUCUGUGGCUACAGUGGGAUACCCAUACCUGGGGAGGCUUUUUGUCCUUUUUUAUAUCUGUCUGCUUUUAGGAUACACCCAGGAGGCCGCAUUGGGGAAUGCGGACCUCUCAGUUGGCGUUGGUCGGCAAGACGUUUCUCUGUGUGAGAGGCUGUCGGUUGAUAUUACUAGAUAGUAAUACUGAAGCGAGAUUCAAGACCUAAA